GAAAGCAAAAUUGUACAUAACUACAUACACUCCUCAAGUACGGGAAUCCAUUCUGUGUAAUUCUGUAUCGCACUGCGUACAGAGAGGUGAGUUGGGGCCUGGGGGAGAGGUGGAGAGCUUCGAAGCAAGUUGCAUAGGCGCCUGGUACAUAAAAGUUGCGCUUCUUCUCCGCCAUAGCUGGACGGAGUUUCCUUCUUCGGAAAUCAAUUUGGGAUAGAUCUUCUGCUGCGUAAUUUCCUUAUCAGUUUGCAUCGUUUCGUACGCCGUCGAAGUUUGGCGCGAAUUCGUGGACUGAGACUACCUGGGAGGCCUCGGAGCCUCAGGACUUGAGCAUUCCGGUCCACUUAUUUGCGUGCGUUGAAUCGACUACAGGAGAGAUGAAUUACGUGAAUUUAUGCUAAUCGCUGUCCAUUUCGAGAAGGGGGAGGCAUGGAUGCUUAAUCGAUUGUACCAUUGGCCUUGCCGACGAUGUUUCAGCGAAAGGAGCAAACUCCCCUUGAGCUGUGCAUUGUGACUUACACUCUCUCACAAUUCAAGGCACGCCUAUAUAUGUUUAUCACUUUCAUCCAAUUCCUAAAUACGAUCUGGGUCUUGCGAGGAAAGUAUCGAAUGCAAGAGCCGCUUGACGAACGGAUCUGUGACAAUCAGACCACAAUAGCGAGAUAAUAAUUGGCCAGUCUACCAUGGGGUCGAAAGUUGACGAAUUAUCUGGAGAAACCUGUGUAGAAAAUGCCUCGAGUUUCUCUGGCACUGAUGUUUUGCCUGCCAGCAAGAGCAAAAAAGAUUUUGCAUUGGAGGCUAAGAUGGAGGUUUCCGAUUCUCUAGAAGACCAUGUUGUUAGCCUUGCAGAUAAGGAAGGUAUAGACAAGGUUGUGAACACUACAGGGCUAGAUCUGAUUGCAUCACAAAUCCAUCAAAUGGAAGAGAGUGAUGACUCUGAAAUUGUGGAGGUUGAUGUCAAAGUUUGUGAUAUAUGUGGGGCCGUAGGACGAGAGCAUUUACUUGCCAUAUGUUCUAGGUGUACUGAUGGAGCUGAACAUACUUAUUGCAUGCAAAAAAUGCUCGAGAAAAUUCCGGAGGGUGAUUGGCUGUGUGAGGAAUGUAAAUUUGACCAAGAAAUGAAGAAUGAGCAUGUUAACAGUGGCAGGGUCAAUGAGAAGGAAAAGACUUCGCCAUCUAGAAGGACAACCAUUGCUAAGUCCGAUCAUCCUUUAAAGAUGGAGCAAAAAACUUCUGAUUGUUGGGGAGACAAAGCUGUUGAAGAACGUUCUUAUCUGAAAACAUCUGGCAAGAGAUGCACAGACGAUAGUGAAGUUUCUUCUCCGACAAAAAGGCAGCGUCUUGAGUUGCGCUCACCAACAGCACAAAUCCCCAAUAGGGUCACUUCACUUUCUCGUGAAAGUUCAUUUAAGAACUUAGAGAAGAAGAAGGUUAAACUUGUAAACCAACUUUCAUAUGGCAGUGACUUUUCUUCUGCAACAAUGAAGCGAGCUCUUGAACCAAUUUUGGGUUCACCAAAGGCACAGAUGCAGACAAAGGUUCCUUCACUUUACCGUGAAAGUUCAUUUAAGAAUUUAGAGAAGGGAAAAGUUAAACUUGUAAAUCCACUGCCAAAUGAAAGUGGGGGUUCCUCUGUGGCAAAGAAACGAGCUCUUGAACCAAUUUUGUGCUCACCAAAGGCAAAAAUCCCCAAUAGGGUUGCUUCACUUUCUCAUGAAAGUUCAUUUAAGAACUUAGAGAGGGGGAAAGUGAAACCUUUAAAUCCUUUUUCUUCUGGUUCUUUUGCAGCUAAAGUCCCUUCUUCUACAGGCCCCCAGCCACAACCUCCUCGAGGUAUUUUCUCAAAGUCCAAUUCAUUCAGCUCCUCGAGUGUCAAACCAAAGGUCAAACCCGAUCAAGUUUCUCCUGUGAAGCAGAAAUCAGUUAGGGAAACAGCUUUUAUCAAUUCAAAGGAGGGAGCAGUUAGAUCAUUGGGAAAAUCCAUGUCUUUUAAGUCACCAAAGUCAAUCCAUUUAAAUGAUGUCGAAUCAAAAGUCAAAAUGUUAUCUCCAAGGUCUUCUCAUGAUCGGGAUAUGGAAGAACCAAAAAAGGUCAAAGAUAAAAGUUUAUGUGAAAAUUCUCUAAGAUCAGAACACACCAGUUGUGUUGCCAUAUCUUCAUCCAGGAGUGAUAAAAAGUCAUCACCUCAUGGUGAUCCCUCCUUACAAUCUACUGUAAAGGUUACUGAUUCAAAGUUGCCAGGUGAAACUAAGAAGCAGGCAUCACAUGUCAAUGGAGCUUCAGCGGCUAAUAGAGUUAAAAAUAAUGAAGAAAAGCCUAAUGAAAUUAGUACAAAGGGGGAUUCCUCUUCAAGUUCUUAUAUUGCUGUGAGAACUGUAUGUAGUAGUGAAAAAGUUGUACAGGAUGGAUUGUCUCAGCCCUUGGAAUCAAAGAAGUGUAGCCAGAGAGCAAGGGAGAAUUCUGGGAGUCACUCAAGACAGGCGAGUACUGCCAGUGGAAAAAAUGUUUCUUGCCAGAAAGGUAAAGGAAGUGCUCAUGCGGUGCAAUUUAGCACAGUUAAUGGAACUGAGUUGUCUUUAGAUGCGCCUGCUGUAAAGAAUUCAGGAGAGGUCACAAAUUGGUCUGGUGAUGUAAAAGCUGCAAUUGAGGCAGCAAUGCUCAAGAAACCUGGAAUGUUUUGGAAGAACAAAGUCUCUAACCGUAUUGAAGACUUGUUGGCAUUGAACAAGAAUGGUGAUAUCUCUUCUCCGGACCAAUUACCUAGCCCAAGCUACAGAAGAAAUAUCAAGUGUUCCAAAGAGACACACGAAGAGCUUAAGAGAUUGCAACAAUCAACUGCCUGCUCUUCCAAACAGGAGACCAAGAACAAUGCAGAGCAGUUGAUAUCGCAUUCUGCUGAAGUUCCUAUAGGAACUGGAGAUGCAGGUCCUGAGGCCCCUUCUGAUGCAAAAUCUUCUAUAAUUAAUGUACAAUCCCAUUCUCCAGUAGAAAAAGCACUUCUGAAAGCAGCCAUCCCAGAGCAUCAGUAUAUAUGGCAAGGAGGCUUUGAGAUUCACAGGAGCGGGAAAACCCUUAUUCUAUGUGAUGGAAUUCAGGCUCAUUUAUCAACACGUGCAUCACCUAAAGUUUUAGAUGCUGUUAACAAAUUCCCUCAGAAGCUCAUGCUUAAUGAAAUUUCACGUUUGAGUUACUGGCCAAUACAGUUCCAGGAGUGUGGUGUUAGGGAGGAUAACAUAGCACUCUUUUUCUUCCCUGUGGAUAUAGAGAGUUAUGAGAAGAGCUACAAAAUUUUGCUUGGGGAUAUGAUGAUGCAUGACCUAGCUCUGAAAGGAAAUUUUGGAGGCAUUGAGCUGCUGAUAUUCCCAUCUAACCAGCUUCCUGAGAAAUUCCACCGGUGGAAUAUGAUGUUUUUCCUGUGGGGUGUGUUCAAAGGGAAUAAGGAAAAGUGUUUACAUGUUCUUGGUGCUGAGAAGUUAUUGACUCAAGAUAUCUCCAGGACCAUCUUGCCUUUACCUGACAAUUCGUGCGACCUUGGGCAUAUAAAGAAUGCUGCACAUGGUAGUACUGCUGAAAAUACUGAGAUGCCUGCUUCAAAGGAGUCAGAAUCUGUAUCUUCAUAUAACAUGUUAACUGAGAAGUGUGGUUCUCAAGGUUCACCCCAAGAGGAAGAUAUUGCUUCUGACUGUAGAGCGGAUGCACAACACAUUUCCGCUCCUACUGGCGAGAGAGUUGGGAACCCUACUAUGAGUGGUCAGCUCUCAGUCCAAUGUGCUGCUACCGAACCCUAUAGACACCAGCCAUUGCAUUAUUUUCAUGAAGUUCCAGCUGCUGUGCAGGAUGUAGCUUCUGUCAGGGGCUCAUUGAUGAAAUCUAGUGAUGAAGAUGAUGUGCAGCUUGGUCAUAUGCCUUUGGCUGAUGGAUCUACUAAUGAAGAAACUGCUUUGGUGAGAGAGAUGAUGCCAUCACACUCAAACAUGAAUUUGGUCAAGAGACGUGCAGAUUCCGUGGAGACUUCGUUGCAAUCUGCCGCCCCUGGAACAACCCACGGACUUCCAAAUUACAGCCACGACAGCGUGGUUUCAGUACAUCACAACAGAAAAGGGAAGUCUUUAAUUGAUGAAUUCAGUGGACAUAAUGACCAAGCAAGCCACUCGAGUUAUGGAUUCCUGUCAGGCCUCCAUCGUGCAGCUUCCGGGCAUUCUCCACAAGAGAAAGCUCACCAUGAAGCUUUGAGUGAGAUGAGCAUCUUGGGACGCUCAGGGCGUGCAGAGACAUUCUUCUUUCCUGUUGCUCCACUUCCUGUUGAUGAGAUUGGCUUUGAUGGCAGCAUGAUGCAGCGGAAAGUGCAUCCUUUGGAGGAAGAUCUACUCCACGACAAGGCACCUAAUCUUGAGCUUGCAUUAGUGACUGAAACAAAAUCCAUCAUCACCCCAGAAGCCCCGCUGUUCUUAGCUGGAAAUGUAGGCAAGAAACACGAACUGCCUACAGAUGAUGCAGCAACAAGUGUGAUGGAGGAGGAAGUUUCUACCUCCCUUUCUCUCUCUCUUUCAUUUCCUUACCCUGACAAGGAGCCUCCCCAGGGUAGUUCUUCAAAGACUGAGCCCGGAAGAAAACAUGUAAAUACAACGCUUUUCCUUUUUUAGGGCGUUAGAGAGAAGUAUAGGGGGGUAGGGGCAAGGGGCAAGGGGCCAUUCUGCAUGGAUUUUGUUAGUUUCAUGAAAUGUUUGUAAUUUGCAGGAUCUACAACUUUUGUUAGAAUGUUAGCUGUUUCUGCUCUCUUUCUCCCAUACUUCAGAUUGCACAGACAAAUUUGUUAUUGUUAGUAUACAUACAGAUAAUAUUACUAGCACUCUAUAGCAGUAAGAG